AAGGGAGGGAAGAAAAAACACAAACGUUAAAGCAGAAUCUCCGCUCUCUCCUUUUUUUCUCUUCUCUUUCUCUUCUCGAACGCAGCGCGCGUAUCCCACUCAGAGCGCGAGGCUCCGCGGCACGCGCGCACACGCUCGCUCACACACUCACUCACGCACAGUCACACACAGACUGAACCAGCCGAGAGAGGGAAGAAUGAGGAAGAACUCGCACGCACAUUUCAGCUCUCAUAGAUUUGCUGAUAAAGCAUCAGAUAUUUGAUCGCUACGGGUCUGUUUGGGGAAAAAAACAAACGCGUGUAUGGAAAUCGGAGGGUGCAUAUAAUACUCGCGUGGGUCUCUAAUCUUUCCUGCAUAUCAUAUAUAAAAACCUAAACUAAUGCGAGCUGGGAUACUACUGACGGCUUCCGACAAGCACUGUCUCCGUUAACACUCCUGCUGCCGCUCAGACUUACUACUUCACAGAGCACCGUUACGCAGAAGUUUGUCACCGAGUAAGGAACGAUGAGGCAUCGUGAGACCUCCCCGCACCUCUUCCUGAGCUUUCAGUGUCUAGUCAUGGUGAUACUGCUCUUCAGCGUCCACCAUGUGACAGCGGAACACGCUCCAGACCACAGCCAAGAUCAUAGUUCUCCUGCCAACAAGUCUUUGUCCUGUGGUGGGAUUGUCACAUGCUCACCUGGAGUCAUCCUUCCGGUGUGGGAGCCCCCAAACCCUUCCUUUGGGGACAAGGUUGCCCGGGCCACUGUUUACUUUGUGGCACUGGUAUACAUGUUUCUGGGAGUUUCGAUUAUUGCUGACCGCUUCAUGGCAUCCAUCGAGGUCAUCACCUCUCAGGAGAAGGAGAUCACCAUUAAGAAACCGAAUGGUGAAACGACCACCACAACUGUACGCAUCUGGAAUGAAACUGUGUCCAACCUCACCCUCAUGGCUCUGGGGUCUUCUGCUCCUGAGAUUCUGCUCUCGGUCAUUGAAGUGUGCGGCCAUAACUUUGAAGCUGGUGACCUCGGACCCUCUACCAUAGUCGGCAGUGCAGCUUUCAACAUGUUCGUCAUCAUUGGAAUCUGUGUCUACGUGGUGCCCGACGGAGAGCAUCGCAAAGUGAAACACUUGCGUGUUUUCUUCGUCACCGCCGCUUGGAGCAUCUUCGCCUACUUGUGGCUCUACCUGAUCUUGGCUGUUAUCUCGCCUGGCAUCGUCCAGGUGUGGGAGGGUCUUCUCACUCUUUUCUUCUUUCCUAUUUGCGUGGUCUUCGCUUGGAUCGCUGACCGCCGGCUCCUGUUUUACAAGUACGUUUACAAGCGAUACCGAGCCGGCAAGCACCGUGGCAUGAUCAUCGAGACGGAGGGGGACCGUCCUCUGCCGUCCAAGGUGGAUAUUGAGAUGGAUGGGAAGAUGCUGAACUCUCACGCAGUGGACUUCUUGGAUGGAACACUGGCUCUGGAACUUGAGGACAAAGACCUAGAUGAGGAGGAAGCUAGACGUGAAAUGGCAAAGAUCCUGAAGGAACUGAAGCAGAAACAUCCGGAUAAAGAAGUAGAGCAGUUGAUUGAACUCGCUAAUUACCAGGUGCUCAGCCAGCAGCAGAAGAGCCGUGCAUUCUACCGAUGCCAGGCGACUCGCUUGAUGACUGGAGCAGGUAACAUUCUAAAGAAGCAUGCGGCGGACCAGGCUCGUAAAGCAGUGAGCAUGCACGAGGUGCGCAGUGACACUGGUGAGAAUGACCCGAUUUCUAAGAUCUUUUUUGACCCUGGUUCUUACCAGUGCCUGGAAAACUGUGGAACUGUGGCGGUGAAUGUGGUUCGGCGUGGAGGCGAUCUCAGCCAGACUGUGUCGGUGGAAUUCCGCACGGAAGACGGAACUGCAAAUGCCGGCUCAGACUAUGAAUUCACUGAAGGCACUGUCAUUUUCAAGCCAGGUGAGACGCAGAAGGAGAUCCGAGUUGGAAUUAUUGACGAUGACAUCUUUGAAGAGGAUGAGAACUUCCUUAUCCACCUCAGCAAUGUCCGUGUGCUUCAUGAGGGUGAUGAGCCAGAGGCCACUGAAACCAAUCACGUGGAGACCAUCGCAACCCUCGGUGUGCCCUCCACAGCAACAGUCACCAUCUUUGACGAUGACCAUGCUGGAAUCUUCACAUUUGAAGAGCCAGUCACCCACGUUAGUGAGAGUGUGGGUGUCAUGGAAGUGAAGGUCCUGCGUACAUCUGGCGCCCGUGGGGUGGUGUCACUGCCGUAUAAAACCGUCGAGGGCACUGCCCGUGGAGGGGGAGAGGACUUUGAAGACUCCCAUGGUGUAUUGGAGUUCCAAAACGACGAAAUCUUGAAGACGAUAACAGUCAGGGUUCUCAAUCGAGAGGAAUACGAUAAGCAAUGCAGCUUUUGCAUAGAGCUACAGACGCCACUUUGGAGAAGGAGAGGAUGGACAGUAUACAGAGAGGAGGAGAAAGUGGCGGGGAAGGAAGAGGAGGAGCCUCUGACAGGUGAAGAUGACGAGGAACGACGCAUCGCUGAGAUGGGGAAGCCAAUGCUCGGAGAUCACCCCAAACUGGAGGUUAUCAUCGAGGAAUCUUAUGAAUUUAAGAACACUGUUGAUAAACUGAUUAAAAAGACAAACUUGGCUCUUCUGGUCGGCACCAACAGCUGGAGGGACCAGUUCAUCGAGGCCAUCACAGUCAGCGCUGGUGAGGAUGAUGAUGAUGAAGAAUGCGGAGAGGAGAAGCUCCCCUCUUGCUUCGAUUACGUCAUGCAUUUCCUCACCGUUUUCUGGAAAGUUCUCUUCGCCUUUGUCCCUCCCACCGACUACUGGAACGGGUGGGCUUGUUUCGUGGUGUCAAUCGUUAUGAUUGGCCUCCUGACGGCUUUCAUCGGAGACCUAGCAUCCCACUUCGGCUGCACCAUCGGACUCAAAGACUCCGUCACAGCCGUGGUGUUUGUGGCACUGGGCACUUCAGUGCCAGACACCUUUGCCAGUAAAGUGGCAGCGAUACAGGAUCAGUACGCCGACGCAUCCAUCGGAAACGUGACCGGCAGCAAUGCCGUGAACGUCUUCUUGGGCAUCGGAGUGGCCUGGUCCAUCGCCGCCGUCUACCACAACUCGAAGGGCCGCGAUUUCAAGGUGGAGCCGGGCAGCCUGGCCUUCUCCGUCACCCUCUUCACCAUUUUCGCCUUCAUCUGCGUGGCGGUGCUCAUGUACCGCCGCCGGCCCGACAUCGGCGGCGAGCUGGGGGGUCCGCGGACUGCUAAAGGGCUGACCACCAUGCUUUUCGUCAGCCUCUGGCUCCUCUACAUCCUGUUCUCCUCCCUGGAGGCUUACUGCCACAUCAAGGGCUUCUAAACACACGUACAUGCGCUCACACAUGCAUACACGCUCAGAACUACACACCUUCACACACACGUUCAUGCAUUCUGUGGAAAACUAGCAAAGACUAAAGGUUAAAAUAAAGGGAAAAGACUAAAGACUGCAGAGGAAGGCAACAGCGGUGGACUCGGUUUCUGGUUCACGUGGAUAAUCGUUUUCCGCAGACCGUCGGUCUGUUCUUCUGUUCUCUCCACACGCUACUCCUUCAUCCUCAUCUUCCUCUGUUUGUUGUGUGUGCUAAAUGACUGCAUCUGAUUGGAUGGGGUUUGACCACAGAGUUCGAACAUCAAACGUAGACUAUGAAAAGCUACUAUUGCUACCUUUAACUACUGUAGUUGUGCUUUUUUUUAACCUAAACCAGUAUAAAAGCCACGUGGGACCGUGGAAUCUGUAAGCUCCCUUCGUAGUGCCAUGGAACUCUGGGUAAUGUGGCUGUGUGUUAUAGGUUUGUUAUCUUAACGUGGACCUAGCGGUAAUUUUGCUUGGGUGAAUUUUCAGACAUACCACUUUAUGUGUUUACAGAUGAUGUAAUCGGAGUGGUCCUAACUGAAAGGGGUCAACUUUUGCCGUUUGUUUACGGCUCGGGCAUCCUCCUCAACAGCUUUUGUCAUUUUCAAGAGCAGCUCUGUGUAACUAAUUCCUGUGAAGGCCAGUUUUUAUCCCUCUCUUGCACUGGUGCAGUUCAUUUCAGAUCAGAAAGAAAAUAACACUAGGAAGAAUGCAGUAUGCCAGUUCCAAUCUCUUCUAGCGCUGAAGCUUCAGAGACCAGAGAUGCACUAGUGCAAGACUUUGAUUUAAGAGCCUCAAAGAUCGUAAAGUGCAUUUGAAUGAGCUUGGCUUACGGAACAUCCUGAAUUUUCGAAUACGAACAUACCGCUGUUCGUUACGGAUUAGGUUAUUAAUUUAUGCAAUCGAUGGAAGGUCAGUGUAGUGAGAUAAUCCAGCAUGUGACAUGCUUUUGCCAACAUCACAUUGAGAGUUUACAAUUAUGACUGUUACUUUCCGUCCAAACAAAAGCGCAUACAUUUACAGACACUACACAAAACCAGUGGCCAUACUUUCAGUGAUUUGUUCUCAGACACACAAUUUAUAGUCUUAAACAUGCAAGCAUGUAUAAUUGGUAGAUUUUGCUUGAUAAACUUGCUCAAUAUCCCAUACAGAUACACUCAGUCAAUCAUCUACGUGGAGUUUACGAGGGCACGCUUUCCCUCCAACCCUGCUGAGAUUGCUUCUUUGUACUUUGUAGAUUUGCUGCAUAUGGAGCUGUAAGGUAAAUCUCAUAGAGUAGUCACGGUUUUAGACGUAGGUCGAUUUUAAAAGCAGAAAUUGUAGAAGUAAUCUGAAUUUGACUCUAAACCUCUUUAGGAUAGCAUGGUUUAACACAAACGAACUGAAAAAAAAAGUAAAAAAGUAGCUCGUUUUAUUGCAAGAUUUUUCGUUGUCCUUUCCAAAGUUCGAUUUCCAGUCUUAGUGGGUAAGUGAAAAUUAAAUGACGCUUCUGGAACGAGCACAGUAGAUCUGACGUAUAUAUGUUGGACUGCGUCUAUUGUGUAUUUUGCGCCAAAUUUGCCAAAGGGAAAAUCUUUCUAAUGGAGAACUACAGUGUGCCACACAACCCCUGAAGUGGGUUUUGUAUUUCGAAUCAUACAUUUUUUACCCACACCAAAAAAAUGUCCUUGCAAGGAUAAAGAGGCCUUGGUGACAUUUCUUAUAGGUGUUUGUACUGAAGGGAUCCAGCCUACAGCUCUUUUACUGCAUCCGAACACCUUUUCUUGUGAUGAAAGAGUGUUUUUAAAGGAAUUCUGGGAUUCUGUGUUGGGGUUUGUAAUUUCAGUAGCUUGAUUUUGAAAGAGAAUAGCUUGAAUAGCUGUUUAUUCUAUCAUUUUUGUUGUGUUUGUUUUAUUUUGUUUGACAUUUUUAAUGAAGUUGUACUAGCUGUAGGGCAUUUCUGUAGGAAACCUUCGAUGAUGACCUUCAAUCCCUGUUGAAGAUGGUCCGCUGUUGCUUGCUAAUUCUAAGAUCCACAGGAAAGACACUACAAACAACCAACAUUGAUAAAAAAAUUAAAAAAAAAGACUUUUUCUUGAAGCUUAAUAUCUAUUUAACAAAUAAACAAACAGAUGAAGUUUUGGAGUUGGUGAAACCAUGUGAAUUACAGCCAUACCAAGUUCUGCCGAGAAGACUUUCACGGACUCUCGCCGUACGUGCUGCUCGCUAGCCGUCACGCCAACCGACCGCAGGUGCGUCUCUCCGUACGGGGCGUUCAAACUGUACGUGGUCUCUCUCCGGUUUAUACUGUAUAUGUAUUUGCUUCGGCAGAGCAGGGGUCAGCAAUUGUGUACAUCUGUGCUCUGCGGUCUGUAAAUCAGGGUGUGGCUGUAUUGGAACCGCCCCCUGUGAAACCUAGCCCCUCCCUGUGCCCCACCCCCUUGUUUGCCAUGUCCAUAUUUGGAAUGUUAAUGUGCUUCGUGUUGACAAUGCAUGGAUGCUAACCUGUCUGUAUAUAGUACGCAGAAUUCCCUUCAUUAACGUAGUCGACAGAGGUUUGAAAGCCGUAUAGAUAUUCAAACUUUGGUUUCGUUCGCUUGUUUGGUUGGUUUUCCUGUCCGUAAGUUUCAUUUGAAUGUGUUUCUUUCUUUUUUUUUUUUUUUUACUUGCACAUGUAUAUUAAAAAGGCAGUAUCUGUCAUUUGGUACAGGAGCACAUGUACAAACAAAGGAAGCAAUACGUCAAGGCCCUCUGCUUGGUUGUUGCAGUGGUUGUAUUAUGUAAUAGUAUGAAAUAUUUUGUCGUUGAAGCGUUCAGGUGUGUAUGUAUAUACUGUAUAGUAGAAUGAAGGCAGAAUCACGGCUCUGCCGUUAUCACAGAGAGAAUACAACAUAUUUAUUUGAGACUCUUCAGAAUGACAAAUAUUGCCUUUUGGAUUGAUUGUUGCAUAAAGCUUGUUUUGUUCUAGUUUCUUCGCUGAGCAGUGUGUGUGCGUGCGUGAGUGUGUGUGUUUGGUCUGGAGCAAACUGUGAUAUCUGUAAGAAUUAAGGGAACAUAUAAUCCGUUAUUUAUCUGCUCCGAGUCUGUAAACCAUCUUGCAAAAAUGAGUGAACCAUCUGGAAAAUGUCUGUAAAACAUUAGGAGAAUGUGUGUGUGUGUGAAGCGUCAGGGUUUGCCUUGUGUAUGUCUUACAUUCCUAAACCCCCUUCUCUCUUCCUCACUGCUCAGAUGGUCUCUAGUCUUUCAGGGGUUUAAUACUAAUCUUUGAUAAUAUUAUUUCCUCCCCUCCCCCCUCUCAAUCUCUCUGUCCUUUAACUCUCCAAUCCAAGGCCUCACUAACAUCUUGCAUUAAUGUGUCCAAUGAAAACCUGUAGGCUGUUUGUUGUAAACAAUCGCAGUGUAUAUGUGUGAAGAUGUUCCUGGUAUUCCUGAACAGUGCGUAUAUAUGUGUAAAUGUCUACAUUUCACUUAUUUAUAAUGUGUAAAUUUAUAGCAUGUAUAAAGGUUUGCAAAACCACUUAUACUGCAAAGAAUAUUGCUCUAAACUAGUCGUUUUGUCUUGUUUUCCAGUAAAAAUCAUUAAACAAGAUACAUUUGCAUGAGUAAGAUUAUACUUUUUUUUUCGGAGAAUAUAUCUCAAAUUAUUUUUUUGUUGUAUCAAACAUAAAUCUAACAGGUUGAUGCUUAAGAUAAUGUCAAAUAAUGUUGAGUGUAUUUUUAUAGGAAAACAAGACAAAACACUGGAUUUGUUGCAGUGUAAACAACAUGGCAGAAAGCUCUCAUGCCAAAGCAGGACUGAAUGUAUUGUAUGUAAUGUAAUAGCUGAUCUAAAUGAAGGCUGUGAGUUUUUAUUAUCUUAUCUGUCUUGUACAGAUCGAGGGGCUCAAAUCAUUGUGUGUGUACAACCGCUGUAAGCUAAAGCUGAGAGUCAUGUUAAUGCAAGUGUGUGUGGCCUUGUGGCAUAGUGUGUCUUACACAGUCCUCUUGUCAUGGGCUUAUUAAAGCUGGCACUGUUUUCCUCCUCACUCUCUCUCUCUCUCUCUCUCUCUUAUCUCUUCUUUCUCACUUUUCGCUAUUUCACGCUGUUUUGUUUUGAUCGUUAGGUUUUAAUUUCGAUCGGAAUAAUUAAAUAUGAGAUUUUUUUUGUUUUGAUUUAUUUUUGUGUUGCACUCAAUCUAAUAAGAUGGACGUCCACUAACUGUGAUUGCUCCCCUAGUACACCUCUACACAGGAAAUAAAGUUUGGGAUAUCCUGUUUAGAGCUAA